UUUGAUAUUAACCCUUAGAACUUAUUGUUCCCCCAUUUACGUUUCGUCUGAAAUUCGCCGCCGCCGCCGCCACCACCACCGUCGUACUCAGUCGAGGCUGCGGCGGUAGCAGCCAACGAUGCCCAUAUGCCCUGAGAGUUCUCCAGUCUCCGUCUUCCUCGUCCUCUUGAUUCUUUUCUACAUCCCGACGCCUUCUUAUUCUUUCGACUUCUCCCUCUCCCGCUACCGCAGUCUCCUCUCUUUAUCCUACUCCCUCACCUCUCGGGUUGCCAAUCUCCGCGCCUCCCGGGGCGAAUACGCCGGAGCGGCCAGGGCCAGGGCGGUAGCCGAGAAAAUCGUGUCUUUGCAAGGACUGGGAUUUCUGAAGCUUACCUGGAAGCUCGGCUGGGACUAUCUUCGGAACUACGCUUGGCGUGACCUUAACACGGUGUCGUUUAGCAAUCUCGCCUCUGCCGUGUCGGACCUCAACGAGUUAUUGAACGCACUCAAUGAAUUGUCUCGGGUCGAUUCGGAUUCGCAGCGAGUCGCUUGGGUUAGCCAGAACUACAGUAGAGUACUGAAGGUUUCUCGGUCCUUGUUUAUCAAACUCCUGAAAGCAUGUCGUCAAUCGGGUCCAUUGAGGGAACUUGUUGAGACGAUGCAGAAAGAGGUAAUGGAGGGUGAGUUCUUGCGGGAUUGCCUUGAAUUGGGUGGCAAUGACUUGAAAGGUUUGACACAGAUUUUGAAGGACUUGGCUUCACAGUACACUGCCUCUCCAUCCGAAAGGGCUGAAUUGUGAUCAUCUCAGGUGUUCAAUGAUUGGAUCGGUAGGUUGUAGCCUGAAAAUCGUAAUGGCUCUGAUGAUUUUGUAAGUUCAUACUCAUUCAGGAACUAAAAUAGAAGAGGAAUUGCAUUUUGUCUUUUUUCGUGAUUAUUGAUAUGGAAGCUGAUGGAACAACCUUAAUUUAUCUCCACACUGUUUAGGUUGGGUGUUUGUGAUUCUUCUGAUGUUGCUUGGGUUUUGGGCUUGACUCACCCGAUUAGAUUGAAUAAUCUCUUAAUCUAUAGAAACAUAUGCAAUAUUGCUGCAUCCCUGUCUUCCAUCAGCAUUGAGUUAGUUCUUUUUUCAUCUCGAAAGCCUCAAUUUGGCUUUUGAGCAUGUUCCUUAGUUCCUGGCUAAUGGAGAAAAUGAGCAAGGCUGUUAUCUUUCCAAAAAUUAGAAGGUUUGUGCCUUUUCUGCUGAUUAAAUUCAAUUUCCUUUGACAUUUUGAGAAAGAAUGUCAUCUUACAUAGGAUUCAUGUUCCCCUGCUGUCAGUAUUUGCUGAAUUGAGGUUUCUCAUUCUCUGUUCUGAAUUCAUUAGAGUAGAGAUGAUAAUAAUGAUUUUGGUCCCAUUAUUAUAAUGGAUGAUUUUGGUUUCUCAUUCUCUCUUCUGAAUUCAUUAGAGUAGAGAUGAUAAUCAUAAUGGAUGAUUUUGGUGCCAUUAUUGUCAUCAUUAUUUGGUGUUGGAGGGUGAGGUGUAAAAAAGCUGUACUGUUGUUGUGUUUCUUGUUUGUGUUGUGCCUGGUGUCUGGUUUCUUAUGGCUUCAACUUGAUUCAGAUAUUCAUGGUUCUGACAUCAUUCUGUAUAUUGUUGGUGCCCAAUCGAGGCCUUUCCUUCUGCUUGCUCAACUUGAUUUGAGUUAUUAAGUUGCUGUUCUUAACUAAGUAGGUGCUGCAGGAGAGUUUGGAACUCUGACAUGAUCAGCUGGAUAUCAUAUCAGCUUUGCAGAGAUUAAGAAUCUUUUAACCCGAUCUUUGUGUCUCUGGGUGUCUACUGGGAAGGGUGCUUUCUAGAUUCACUGUUAAUUGUAAGUUGUUGCAACCCAUUAAAUGUAGUUUGUUUUCUUCACGAAAUUGCAAAGUUUAAUUCCCUUUAACCCGAAAUCCCGUAACUGUGUUGACCAGUGGAAGUUAAUUUGCCUACAAGUUAACCCUCUAUAAGAAUUUUGUGUACUUACCCCUUCUUCAUGGACCUACAUGUACAUUCUUGCUCCUUUUGUUUGCUCAUUCCUGAAUGAACAAAUUUGUCCAUAUUUAUUUGUGGAAUUAUUAU